AUGCCAUGGCUGGCAGCGGCGAAGGCGCAGCCGGCGCAAGAUGCGGAGAGCGACCUUGAGGGAUUGAUACCCAAGGCGCGUUCCUCCCCGUCCAUGGCGACACCCGACGACAGAACAGUGGUGCCUCGUACUGAGGUCAUCGCCAUGCGGUCGCGACUGAACAAGAAGCUCAGCGAGUCCAACACGUACAACCGCUUCCUGCAGCGCGAGGUGCAAUACCGCGAGCAGGCACUGAGCGACUCCAAGGCACUCAUGAUCGCACUGGCGGCGGAAAUGCGGGAGCUGAGCGAGGUUGCGGAGGAGAUCGUGAAGACCGAUGGCUUGCCAGUCACAAGGAAGAUCAACGGUCGAUAUUUGCCGUCGCAUCUCAGCAACAGAUUGGAAGAGCUCUAUUCCGACCUGAGGCAGCAGCUGGAGGGAAUCGAGAAGCUGCGCCUGCGGGAGGUCCCCUUGGUGUGGUUUGGCAUGGCGGAGGAUGUGAAGGUGAUGGGGUCGUUUGACGGCUGGACGUACGGCGAGCAGAUGUCUCCUGAGACCACCGGCACCAUGACUCGAUUCACCACUGUGCUCAAGCUGCGCCCUGGGAGGUACGAGAUCAAGUUUCUGGUGGACGGUGAGUGGAGAGUGGCGACAGAGUGGCCCACCGUGGGUCACGCCCCAGCAGCCCAGCCACUCACCCAGCACUUCUUCCAUGGUGACCCUCGCCUCGGGGUCCCUCGUGAGUUUUGA